ACAAACGCAGAUGCAUAACGCAUUAUGGGAACCAAUCAACAUACAGUAACGUUCUCUAUAGGUUCUUCUGUAACCAUAAGUGAACAUUAUACCGUUCUCUGAACCAAAAUGUGUUUACUUGGUAAAUGCAGCAGACGACAUUUUUAAAGGCGGGAUGCAACUAGAUGGGUUACAAAUGAACUUACCCACCCCUCAAAUGCCACAUCACUUCUGAAGACUAACACAGCGCGAGCAGCACAUCAAUCCAGUACAAUGGUGAAAUAAUACCGCAUGGCAGCAAUAGCUGGCAACUGUUACAGCUGAUGUGAAACACCAAGAAAAGCACUUGGACGUGUUGGGCUCAGGAUGUCCAGGCGAUGUGUUUCACAUCUGUGUUUUGACAGCAGGCACCAGUUGCACACUCGCUCCUGUGAUCGGGAUCUCUCCUCUCUGUGUGCUAUCACUGAGUGAUGAUGACAACACUUCAUACAUGUGCGCAACCUGAAAUAAUGCCAUCGGAGGGCUAAACGAGGGGGAAAGGUGUUUUGAAUUUUUAUUACGCGGUGAUUUGGGCUCGGUGUUGACUAUGGUGGAGCUGGAGAAGGAGGUUCUGCCGCUGCCACCGCGGUACCGGUUCCGAGACCUGUUGCUCGGGGACUGGCAGACAGACGACAGAGUGCAGGUAGAGUUCUAUGUGAAUGAAAACACUUUCAAGGAGCGUCUCAAGCUGUUCUUCAUCAAAAACCAAAGAUCCAGUUUAAGAGUGAGACUGUUCAACUUCUUCCUGAAGGUCCUGAGCUGCCUGCUGUACAUCAUACGAGUGCUUCUGGACGACCCGCGAGAGGAGAGAGAUUGUCCUGGCUGUCUCAGACAGAACGCCUCUGCCCACAACAGAAGCCAUUUUGACUGGUCCCUCAUUAUUUGGGUGAACAGACCUCUCCCACUCUGGGCUCUUCAGGUGCUUGUUGCAUUCAUCAGUUUUUCAGAGACCAUGUUGCUGGUGUACCUCAGCUACAAGGGCAACCUUUGGGAGCAAGUGUUGCGCAUUCCGUUUAUUCUGGAGAUGAUCAGCGCCGUUCCGUUCGUGAUCACUGUGAUUUUGCCCUCCCUCAGAAACAUAUUCAUCCCUGUGUUCUUAAACUGCUGGUUGGCCAAACACGCUCUCGAGAACAUGAUUAAUGACCUGCACAGAGCGAUCCAGCGCACACAUUCAGCCAUGUUCAACCAGGUCCUCAUCCUCAUCAGCACGCUACUUUGCCUCAUCUUCACCUGUAUUUGUGGCAUUCAGCACCUGGAGCGAGCAGGGAACAAUCUGACUCUCUUCGACUCGCUGUAUUUCUGUGUAGUCACCUUCUCAACGGUGGGCUUUGGUGAUGUCACACCUCAGAUCUGGCCAUCUCAGCUCCUGGUGGUCAUUAUGAUCUGUGUGGCUCUUAUAGUUCUGCCAAUACAGUUUGAGCAGUUGGCUUUCUUGUGGAUGGAGCGUCAGAAGUCUGGAGGCAACUACAGCCGCUACCGAGCACAGACAGAGAAACAUGUGGUGCUGUGUGUUAGCUGCCUGAAGAUAGACCUUCUAAUGGACUUCCUCAAUGAGUUCUUCGCUCAUCCCAGACUGCAGGAUUACUAUGUGGUGAUAUUAUGUCCUGCUGAGAUGGACGUCCAGGUACGGAGAGUCCUCCAUAUCCCGCUGUGGGCUCAGAGAGUCAUCUACCUGCAGGGAUCUGCUCUUAAAGAUCAGGAUCUCAUGAGGGCCAAGAUGGAUGAUGCAGAGGCAUGUUUUAUCCUGAGCAACCGGUUCGAAGUGGACCGCUUUGCAGCUGAUCAUCAGACCAUUCUUAGGGCUUGGGCUGUGAAGGAUUUUGCCCCGAACUGCCCUCUGUACGUGCAGAUCCUCAAACCUGAGAAUAAGUUCCACAUCAAGUUUGCAGACCAUGUGGUUUGCGAGGAGGAGUUUAAGUACGCCAUGUUGGCCCUGAACUGUGUAUGCCCUGCCACUUCCACCCUGAUCACCUUAUUGAUUCAUUCAUCUCGAGGACAAACAGCAUCUUCAGAGGCCUUCAGGCAGCGAGCGGGUGCCUUCCAACAGCUCAACAGGGAGGGCGUUGCUGGCUCGGCAGACCACUGGCAACGCACCUACAGACGCUGUGCAGCCAAUGAGGUACAUCACAUCCGGCUGGAGGAGAGCAAGUUCUUCGGGGAAUAUCAGGGAAAGAGUUUCACCUUUGCCUCAUUUCACGCACAUAAGAAAUAUGGGGUGUGUCUGAUCGGAGUGCGCAGAAUGGACACAGCGAACAUCCUCUUGAACCCUGGUCCCUGUCACAUCAUGGGAGCUUCAGACACCUGUUUCUACAUCAACAUCUCUAAAGAGGAGAACUCAGCGUUUGUCAGGGGCCACAGGGAGCCUGUGAGAGGACCCGGGGUCGACUCCAGAGGAGUCCCUCAGACUAUCUAUCAUGGCCUUACUCGUCUACCAGUACACAGCAUUAUAGCCAGCAUGGGCACGGUAGCCAUAGACCUGCAGGACUCCAGUGACAGCAGUCCAGAGGGGACCGGCCCGGCGGUGUUGGGCAGCGGUCAUCUGAGCAGAAGCGGCUCCAGGGCAGAUGUUAUGGGCUGUAACACUCUUACGUUGCCCGCCGUGAGCGCCUCAGGAGAGGAGAGGAGACACAGCAUUGCCCCGGUCCUGGAGGUGGUGGACGGGGUGCACGGUCCAACAUUCGACCUGCUGGGAGACCAGUCAGAGGACGAGGGAGGAGACGAGGGGAAAGAGGACGAGGGAGGGGAACAGAAGGGCCAGUGGUGGGGCGCUCACUGCGAAUGGGUGAAAGGUUACCCGCUGAACUCUCCGUACAUCGGCAGCUCUCCUGCACUUUGCCACCUCCUGCAAGAGAAAAUGCCAUUUUGCUGUCUGCGUCUGGAUAAGGCUUGUCAUCACAUGCCCUACGAGGAUGCUCGUUCGUACGGCUUCAAAAACAAACUCAUCAUCGUGUCGGCGGAAAGCGCUGGAAACGGCCUCUAUAACUUCAUUGUCCCACUGAGGGCUUAUUACCGGCCCAGGAAAGAGCUUAACCCCAUCGUACUGCUACUGGAGAACGUACCUGAGGCUGACUUCCUAGAAGCCAUCUGCUGGUUUCCUAUGGUCUUCUACACAGUGGGCUCCAUUGACAAUUUAGACAGUCUUCUGCGUUGUGGUGUGACGUUUGCUGACACCAUGGUGGUGGUGGACAAAGAGAGCUCCAUGAUCGCAGAAGAGGAUUACAUGGCCGAUGCCAAGACCAUUGUAAAUGUUCAGACACUUUUUAGGCUUUUUCCAGCUCUCAGUAUUAUAACAGAACUUACCCACCCUGCCAACAUGCGCUUCAUGCAGUUUAAAGUGAAAGACCACUACUCCCUGGCUCUCUCAAAACUGGAGAAGAAAGAGAGAGAGAGAGGCUCCAACCUGGUCUUCAUGUUCAGAUUACCAUUUGCAGCAGGGAAGGUGUUUAGUGUCAGUAUGCUGGACACUCUGCUGUAUCAGUCCUUCGUAAAAGACUACAUGAUCUCCAUCACCAGGCUGCUGCUAGGUCUGGACUCGAUGCCUGGAUCUGGCUUUCUGUGUGCUAUGAAGAUCACGGAGGAGGACUUGUGGAUCCGUACUUACGGUCGACUCUACCAGAAGCUGUGCUCCUCAACAGGAGACAUUCCCAUUGGGAUCUACCGCACUGAAGCUCACAAACUCCCCGUCUCGGAGUCUCAGGUGUCUAUCACGGUGGAGGACUACGAGGAUACGCGAGAGCCUCGGGAGCCUCUGCUUUGCCGCUCCGGUCCUCACCGUAACUCAACCUCAUCUGAACCGCCCUCAUCCUCACAAGCCAUGGACCACCCUCUCCUGAGGAGGAAGAGCAUGCAGUGGGCACGGCGAUUGAGUCGUAAGGGUGGGAGGAGCUCCAGUGGAACCAAGGGUAUGGGGAGCGCAGCCGAGCGCAUUAGCCAGCAGAGACUCAACCUUUUCCGGCGCUCGGAGAGACAGGAGCUCAACGCUCUGGUCCGCACCCGCAUGAAGCACCUGGGUCUCUCGCCGUCUGGAUUUAAUGGUAUGACAGAUCAGGGCAACAGACUCUCCUAUAUCCUCAUCAAUCCCUCCCCUGACACACGCCUUGAACUUCAUGAUGUCGUGUAUCUGAUCAGACCAGAUUUACUGUCAGCGGUGCCUAACCAGGCCAGUGGUCGCAAGCCAAGCGCAGGCCCAGCGGAGGGACACAGAUUUGACACACAGGACAGCACUCAUUUAUGAAUACAAUCACCACAAAAAUCCCAUUGUGGAGGUUAAAUAUAAGCUGUGUGUGCGUGUGCACGACUGAGAGAGGUGGACCGUGACGGAUUGGACGGAUGUAGAAAACAACAGCAAGUGGAAAUGUUGGAAAGCAACUGAGGAACGUGACACAUGUGAACUGAAUCUACACUGUAAAAAGUGAUCUGGCUUUUAUAGUUGCCUUCACUCAUCACUCACCAAAGUCAAACUGAAUGUUAGUCAGUACUGAAAUUGUUGUGAGCACAUGAUUUCACAUUUCAACUAACUAUUAUAUGUUUUGCAUACAGAAAUUGUCUGUUGUGAAUCUUUUUUGUUUUGUGAAAUUACUUUACAAUUAAACGGAUAGUUCACCCGAAAAUGAAAAUUUGGUCAUCUGUGUAUCAUCUUACCCUUAUUUAUCAAAAUAUUUUCUUUUCAGUUCAACAGAAGAAAGAAACUCGUACAACAUGAGGGAUGAGGAAAUAAUGACAGAAUUUUCAUUUUUGGAUGAACUGUCCCUUUAAGCAUUUUUCUCCCAAGGUGUCUUUAGAUUCAUUAUUGUAAAAUCUAUGUUCGUAGAUUUUUUUACAUUAUAUAAGUCAUCCCAAACAAUGCUCAAAGGACUUUACUACAGCAAUCAUUCUCUAUGUGAUCCCCACCUUUAAUUUGAACCGACAUACAUCAUUAUUAAUAAUCAAAGAUUUUUGUUCAGACAUAGCUUGGUACAGUUGAUCGCGUCUGGCCAGUGUCAUGUUCCUGUCUUUCUCCCUUUGCUUUGCUGUCUACUGACCUGAUCUAUUAUUUAAAAAAAUAAUACAUUUAAAGAAGAAACCGAUGUAUUCUGAACAGGUGGCUGGUGACUUCUUUUUCGAGGGCGCACGAUGUGAAGCUUUUCACAACAUGUAUGUAGCCCUUCAUGUGUGUGGCUCAUGUCAUGUCAAAAUAUGUGUUUGGCGCAUCAUGUAAACUCAUGUGCAUAACGCGCCAUGUCAAAAUACGUGCCUGCUCCAGACGCUUCAAAGGGGUUUAUGAUAAAAGAGACGCUCGCGUUUGCCAGAUUAUCAGAAUUUAGUGUUAAGUUUGUGUUUAGUUUUAAGGUUCACAUGAUGCACCGGACACAUAUUUUGACAUGACCAGCAACACGCAUGACACUCCGAACAUAUUUUGACAUGACGAGCAACACACGACACUACAAACACAUAUUUUGACAUUACGAGCCACACACGUGAAGCAUCGAA